AUGGAAGGGAAAGAGGUGAUCAAGAGAAGGUUAUGCUUUAAAAGAGUGCUUCUUCUACUUGAUGAUGUUAAUGAUGCAAAUCAACGUGAUGCGCUCAUGCAGAAGCUUGAGUGGUUUGGUAAGGGAAGCAAGAUUAUUAUUACCACUCAAGACCAGGGAAUUCUCAAAGUGCCUACACUUGUUGAUGGGGCUUACGAACUUAAUGGCAUGAAUUUUAAUCAUUCUUUGGAACUUUUUAGCAAGCAUGCCUUCAGAAGAGAUUAUCCCAUACAACAAUACAUCUCUCACUCUAAUAGAGUAGUCAAGAUUUGUGGUGGCCUUCCUUUAGCUCUAGAGGUCAUUGGUUCUCUUUUAUUUGGAAAAAGCAUAGAGGAGUGGGAUGCCAUAUUAAAGGAGCUAGAAAAAUUUCCUCAAGAGGAUGUUGAAAAUAAGUUGAUAAUCAGCAUUGAGGCAUUAAAUGAAAGACAAAAAAAUAUAUUUUUGGAUGUGGCUUGUUUCUUCAUUGGGUAUGAUAAAAGAAUUGCGAUCCACAUGUGGGAAAGCUAUGGCUUUUGUCCUCAUCAAUCUCUUCCAAUCCUCCAGCAAAGAUCUUUGAUAAGGAUUAGAGAUGAUAACCAAUUAUGGAUGCAUGAUUGGUUAAGAGAGAUUGGAAGAAAUUUUAUACGAAGAGAGAGUGACAUGAAACCGGAGAAGCAACAAUGGGUGUGGACUUAUGAGCAAGCAUUGGAUGUUCUGGAGAAAACGCAGAAUGGAGGUGGUUUUCAUGGAAAUGAAAGCAUUAAAGCAAUAUGUCUUGAGUUCGAUGAACAAUCUCAAUAUUCCUUCAUCAAAGAAUUCUUAGCUAGCCUUUCAAAUCUAAGGUUCCUUCGAGUAGACAAAAAGUUCAUAUCUCAAGUGGAUAGUAAAGACUUCAAUGGAGACUCAAUGUCCAUCCUUACUCAAGCUGAUCCUUUCCAAUAUGACCAGAAUUCAAAUUUUCUUCAAACCCCGUCUGGCCGAUUUAAUCUCCUUUCAGAAUUGAGAUGGCUUUCAUGGAAUUACUUUCCUAUUGAUAUGAAUUAUGAGUUGACCAGUUUCUCCUUGAGGAAUCUAGUAAUCCUUGAUUUAUCAAGGAGUAAAAUCACAUAA